AAUGUCGCUGCGCGGUUCCCAAACAUGGUCAAGAUAAUGCAAGGCCAGGCCUCAAGGAUGAUGGGAGGAAUGAUGGGAGGAGGCCCUCAAGCUAAACGUCCCAAGCUAUCUGGUGCUCCCAUGAGUUUAAGUGGACCUCAGCGUGGACCUCCAGGAAUGAUGGGACACAGUGGUCAAAUGAUGUCAUCAGGAAGUAUGGGUCCAAGAGGUCCGAUGGGACCUGGCCCAAGACCACCGGGUAUGAGUAAUAUGCCAAUGGGAAUGGGUCCAAUGGGGCCUAUGGGACCCAUGGGUCCGAUGGGCCCGGGCGGAAUGAGAGGGCCACCAAUGGGACCUAAUGGACCAAUGGGACCUAACGGUCCAAUGGGAAGCUUAAGACAAGGACCCUCAGGUCCAAUGCGACAUGGAGGACCACCCAUGGGCCCUAUGGGACCAAUGGGAUCUAGCAGAAACAUGGGACCUGGACCAAUGGGCCCAAUGGGUCCAGGAGGACCUAUGGGUCCAAGUUCAAUGGGAGGACCUAUGGGUCCAAGUUCAAUGGGAGGACCUAUGCCCAACUCCCCCUCCACCUCCUCGUGUAGUCAGAUGACGCAGUCCUCAAUGCCUCCGACCUCUGGGGACUCUUCCAAUCCUAACUCGACCUCCUGUGGUAGUCCUAUGCCGACCAUGACGAACCCCAUGAACUCAACCUCCUCCUCUAGCCUGACCCCUGGACCUCCACCGGGCUCGAUGACUCCGGAAGGUGGUAACCACGGGGACUGCAGUGGUGGGAGUCCGUCCUCGCAAUCUGGUUUAGACAGCUCGGUCUCACUUUCAGGAGCCAAGGUACCCGAUGAGAACUUAACGAUGGAACAGAAACAGAAACGUCACGCGAAACUUGGUUUUCUGAAGGAAUUAAAUUCCCAGCUCUUUCCUGAAGACGGAAUGGGUCCAAUGGGACCUGGAGGACCCGGUGGCCCUGGAGGUCCAGGUGGUCCCAUGGGUCCAGGAGGACCUGGCGGACAAAUGGGACAAGGACAAAUGGGCCCAAUGGGACCUGGAGGAUCUAUGGGAAGAGGACCUCCUUGCAGUAUGAGUCCAGGGAUGGGAAUGGGACCUAAUGGUCCACCACAUUCUAUGGGGCCCAGAGGAAUGAUGGGACCGAAUGGACCUAUGGGGCCUAACGGACCUAUGGGACCAAUGGGACCAAACGGUCCGAUGAUGAUGGGUCCUGAUGGACCAAUGAUGGGACCUGGAGGGCCAAUGGGUCCUCGAGGAAUGGGACCGAUGGGACCUAUGGGACCCGGAAGAAUGAUGGGCCCUGGAGGACCGAUGGGACCUGAUGGACAUUAUGGAAUGAUGGGACCUGAUGGACCUAGAGGAAUGAUGGGACCAGACGGACCUAGAGGAAUGAUGGGUCCCAUGGGACCCAGGAUGAUGGGACCUAACGGCCCAAUGGGACCUGGUGGACCAAUGGGACCUGGAGGACCUAUGGGUCCCAUGGGCCACGGUAUGAUGGGACCAGGUGGAACACCAACCUCUCUCCAGGCCCAGAUAGAGUGGCAGAAGAUGCAACAGCAAUUUUACGCGGAGAAGAGCAAGAAGAAUGGAGGUCUAGGGAUGAUGGGUCAAAUGUCUAUGGGACCAAUGGGACCUGGUGGGCCAAUGGGACCUAUGGGUCCAGGCGGUCCAAUGGGCCCAGGCGGACCUAUGGGCCCAGGAGGAAUGGGUCCAAUGGGACCUGGAGGACCAAUGGGACCUAUGGGACCUCGAGGUAUGAUGGGCCCUGGUGGACGGAUGCCUGGUCCACCCCCGCCUUAUCCCGGCGGUAAACCGCCCCCUCCUGGUGCCUCCCCGAACCCAAACUCUCCCGCUACCUCCUUACCAAUGUCCAGUCCAGUAGGGGCGGGCAUAAUGAACUCCCCCCGCCAUAUGGGAUCCAACCCUGGUACUCCAGUAUCCGGAGCUCCUCUCUCCUCCCCGGUCCUUGGCAAGAAUUCUCCUGGCGGAGGAUCUGGUGCUGGUCAUGGUAUGCCCGGAGUUCCAGACUACUAUGUAGAUGGAAUGUACGGGGGCAGAAUGUCCGGUUACAAGAACCAGUGCUCCAAGGAGGCGAAUCUGAUGCCGGUCCCGUCCCCUCAGCAGAUACAAUUCCCCCUCCUAGACGGCCAGGAGCUCACUAUACAGAAACAACCCAAUACAUCUCUCAGAGAUUCAGAACUUGCCUCUCCUUCCGUUGGUAAUGAUCGCAGUCCCUCGCAAUCUCAAGAUGGAUCUAAAAAUCCUGGAACUCCUGGUCCCCAGACACCGUCCUCUAAUAUCGGCGAUGCUCAACCUCCAAAGUAUCCCGGCGGCCCUCACACGCCCCACACGCCGGCGGGUAACGACAGUCUUUACCAAGGAGAUCAUACACCUGGGCACAAUACACCACACACGCCCAGCUCACAGGACAAAUCUAGAAACUUUCCGUCCCCAGGACACGAACAGAACUCUAGGUUUCCUAUACCUGCUAGUCCUGGAGGACGGUUUCCAGGGGGUAUGUCCCCUAACCAUAUAGGAUUAGGACUACCGCCCCAGGAGAAUAUGCCACUGAAUCCUGCCACACCAACUUCAACCUCAGUACCUUCAUCUAUGGCCUCUAAAGGGUUUGAUCCUAUCUCUUCUAUGGCCCAGAUGUCCCAACAGUUAACCCAAGUAUCAACUCCUUGCUCUACUCCUAACUCUAUAGGGCCUGGUCCUGACUCUGGUCUAGGCUCAAUGGGGAACCUUGAGCCGGGAAUGAUGAAUUCACCGCUAGGUGGUAUGCUUGGACCUGAUGGGAAUCCUGUUACUUCCAUGGGAAUGGGAUCCGAUUCACCAACGAUGGAUAUGGGACCAAUGGGACCUGGAAUGAUGGGAUCUAUGAUGGGACAUCCAAGGAGUAUGGGACCCAACGGACCUAUGAUGGGGCCCAAUGGACCUAUGAUGGGACCUAACGGACCUAUGAUGGGACCUAACGGACCCAUGAUGGGACCUAACGGACCCAUGAUGGGACCAAAUGGGCCAAUGAUGGGACCAAACGGACCUAUGAUGGGACCAAACGGACCUAUGAUGGGACCAAACGGACCUAUGAUGGGACCUAACGGUCCAAUGGGCCACAAUGGACCUAUGGGACCUAAUGGACCAAUGGGUCGAAGCAUGGGGAUGGGAUCUGGAAUGAUGGGGCACAUGGGCCCAAACGGUCCAAUGCCUUCCUCAACCUCGUCCAGUAUGCCGGGUGGAACUUUCGCCACAGUGAAAGCAAGUGCUCCUAAUACAAUCAAUUAUUUACCUUCUAGACCUCCACAUUCACAAUCUGGACCUAAGGGACCUCCAAGCUUAGAGUUCCUGAGAUAUGCAAACCCUGGGAUGGAUAAACAAAUGGGACCUGGUGGACCAAUGGGUCCAAUGGGACCUGGCGGACCAAUGGGACCCAUGGGCCCAGGGGGACCUAUGGGACCCAACGGUCAUAUGAUGUCAAAUGGACCAAUGAGCUCAAUGAACGGACCCAUGGGAAUGAAUGGUCCUAUGUGUGGACCAAAUGGACCUAUGGGCCCUGGUGGACCUAGAAUGUCUAUGGGACCUGGUCCUGGCGGCUAUAUGGGACCUGGUGGACCUGGAAUGAUGAGUCCCCGAGGAUCAGGUCCUCCUGGUGGAAUGAUGGGACACAACGGACCAGGAAUGGGCCCUGGGAUGUACUCCGGUGAUAUGAUGAUGGGACCUAUGGGGCCUGGUGGUCCUAUGGGCCCCGGGGGUCCUAUGGGACCUGGCGGCCCUAUGGGUCCAGGCGGUCCAAGAAUGGGAAAUUCGGGAAUACCAAUGAGUACUAGUGGACCAAAUGGCCAAGUGAGUAGUAGAAGUAUGGGACCUGGUGGACCUAUGGGUCAAGGAGGGCCCAUGGGACCUGGCGGACCCAUGGGUCCUGGAGGACCGAUGGGACCUGGUGGACCGAUGGGACCUGGUGGACCGAUGGGACCUGGAGGCCCAAUGGGCCCUAACAGCUCUGGCCCUGGCUCGGGGGGUCAAAUAAACAAUUCUGGUCCGAUGGGCAGUCCUUUAGGAGGAAUGCAUUCACCUAUGGGUCCCAAUGGCCCUGGGAUGGGACAUAAUGGACCCAUGACAAGUGGCCCAAUGGGCAGUCCAAUGGGUGGACACAUGGGAGGACCUAAUUCUAUGAUGGUUCCGUGCUCGAAAUCCUCGCCAAUGGGCAUGGGCGGAGGAACCCCGGGUCCUGACCCAACCCAGCCCCUUCCUCCGAGUGGAAUGGGGCCUGGGAAUGGAUUUAACAAAAAUUCUCCCAUAAUGGGCGGUCCCGGGCCCACCAGCACCGACCCCAACUACGCACAACAAUUCCACAACUUCCAACAGCAGCUCUACGCCACCAACACUCGUAGCCAGGGAAUGGGUGGCCCUCCCUCCCACCCUCACAGGGGCGGGACCCCUCCUCAGCUAAACCAAAAUUGGCUUCCCUCCUCUGGUCCUAUAACUAAAUGAGGGUAGGGCCCCCAAACCUCGUCUAAAGGCUGUGAUCUAGUGUAGAUUUAGUGAUUACCAUCCCCUUUCAGUGUCUACUGGUUAUAUCAGUAUUCAGGUGGUUUGAUGCUAGCUGCCGACCAGUGUGGUGGACAGUAUUCUCCCCUUCUAGUGCUCAAAUGUCAUGUUUGAUCAGUGAUAAGUCCUGUCAACUGUGUCUAGGUAAAGAACGGCCUAAUAAUAUCGUUCCUUUAACGUGAACCUAGAACAGUUGAAUCCUCGUUUUUGCAAUUUAUGCCAGAGUGACCUUGUCACAUGUUUAUUUUUGACCUGUGCAAAUUUUACGGAACAAGCAUGUGCAAAUAAAUUCGCAGCUUGAGUGUGUGCUGACCCCCUGACUCAGGGUCUUUUAAGCUGAUAAUAUUCUAUAGUCUGAUAAUAUACAUCUGUAAUAAUCAGCUAUUGUAUAUUUUUAUACAGUAACUUAGGAAAGUUCCGAUAUAUGAGAAUUGAGGUUGUAAGAAUUUGCUCUUUUUACUGAAGAAAUAUAAGUUAAACUAUCUU